AUGAGAGAAGUCAACUUCAGCAUCCCGAGCGUCAACAAGGCCGCUGUCAACAUCACCACCACUCUCUACGACAGACGUGCCCUAGACUGCACCUCGACCCUGCCGCUCAUCAACUCGCUUAACCACCUCGCCUACCUCACCACCUCAUCCGCCCGCAUUCGUGAUAUCCUGACCGUCGAUGGCGGCAUCGAACAGCUGGUAUGCAUCCUCAAGGCAGGUCGGAGCAAGGACCUCAUGGAGAUGUGGAAAUGGAAUCUGGCCUUCCAGUGCAUCGUCAACAUCGGUGUCCGUGGCUCAGAGAACGUACGCACUCGAGUCGUCGAAGCUGACAUGGUUCCCGUCAUCGCUACCAUCUUGGAUAACUACAAUCGCGUAGUCGACAGGAUACGUGCCUCUAGCGACUCCGAGUCGUCGCGGACCAAGACACACAAGUCGUCGUCCAGAUCGAGAGACCAGGCCGGCCGCUCGUCGACGUCGCGUGCCUCGUUUUACGAACGUGGUUCGGACCAUCGAACUACCCGACGACAGGCUCCUCCACCGUCCAUUGAGAUCCCACAGCCAUACGGCCAGGAUGGUCCCCCAACCGAUAACAACACUGGUACCACAAUCGACAAUAGUAAUACUAAUCACACCCCCAUAGAUGUGCAGCCGUCACCUAGAAUCGUCCUGACAUCCCCGCCAGAGCGUACGACGUUCCCACACUCCCAUCACCAUCACCAGAGAGACGGCCAUCGCCACCGUAUCAUGCAACCCCUCGCCACUGCUGUCCCUUCUUCGGGCAACACCACAGAUCCUUUCCAGGCCAUGCGCCAGACACGAGACGUUGAACGUCUUCCUUCUGUUCUCCCGGGUCUCCAGGCAGGUAUAACCUCGCAGCCAGAGUCGCCCACUACUCCACUGGGCGCUGGUGCACCACAAACUAAUAUCCCUCCACUCAUGCCACGCAUCUUCCAUCGUCGUCCCUCCGUUCGCCAGCAACGCUCGACGUCAGGCGAGUCGGACGAUGCCCAGCCUGAUGAUAACGAUAUCACCAUGGGUGAAGGCGACCUGGAUGUCAACGUCGACACCGCCGAACCGAACGUCACCGAAUCCAUUGUCGAUCUAGACAGUGGCGUGGAUCUCGAGGACAUAAACAUGCGAGACCAGGACCCCAUGCUCGACGACGGUACUGACACGCAUCCCCACCCCCACAGACAUGCAUCCGUCGCCACGCCAGGCACGGAGACAUUCAACAUCACCCACCGCUCAGCCGUCGAUGGUAGCAUCGUCAACGCACCCACUCCUGUUGCUCAGACCGCCUCACCGGCCAACCCACACACCCACGCGCGCCAAACGGCCAACCAGGCACCCGGUGUCUUUAACAACCCUUACCCAUUCUACCUUCAGAACCAGAACCAAGCCCAGCCACAGCCCCAAUCUCAAUCUCAAUCCCAAUCCCAGUCCCAGUCCCAAGCCCGAAGUGGCAACCCAGCUGGCCCAACCAUCCUCGCCGCCAUGCCACGCGACGAAGACGUCCUUCUCGCCCUGCAGCUCCUCGCCUACGUCUCCAAAUACUGCAAUCUCCGUACUUACUUCCAACGCACUCACCUUGUUCCUCGCCUCAAAAUCGGUAAAGAGCUAGAGAUGCUCGACGAAGCAAACCCACAGCCCGCUUCGACCUCCUCCCACCGCAGCCGCACCCCAACCUCCACCCCUACUCCCGUAAUCCCAAAAACCGCCGAAGAAGAGCAAGAGGAAAUGGAAGAAUACAUUCUUCCAGAUGACUACAAUAUUUUCCCGUUGGUCGAAAAGUUCACUGUCCGCCACCACACAAAGGACAUGCAGUACUGGGCCUGCGUGGUGAUGCGCAACCUGUGUCGCAAGGACGAUUCACGAGGCGGCAUCCGCCAGUGUGCAUACUACAAGUGUGGCAGGUGGGAAGAGUUUCAGCGCCAGUUCGCCAAGUGUCGACGAUGCAGGCGAACAAAAUAUUGUAGCAAGGAGUGUCAGAAAAGCGCUUGGGUUUAUCAUCGACAUUGGUGCCAUUCGUCGCCUGAACAUUGA